UGAUUAUUUCGGUGAACGGUCACUUGCGAAUCGCGAGGCGACACGUUUAACGCAUCGGCGAGCUGGGGCAGGCAGGCCCGGCCCCGUGCCAUUCAUGCCAUCCAUGCCAUCCAUGCAUCGACACGUUUCUCCUCAAUUCGAUUGAAAUUAAUGGCGGUUAUCAUCGCGAUGAGUUACCGGUCAACGAUUAGCGCGUCAAAUCGCAUUUCCGACUGACACACUUAUUCAAUAGGACAGAGAGUUUAUUUUAACAGAUUUUUUGUCAAUUGUCACAUUGUUUGAAUAUUUUACUUAAAUGGAAAUUUGACAAAUUAGUAAUAAUCUUAAAAUAGGUAAUAUCGAGGCGAAAAGUGAUGGAUGUGACGUUAUCGACUGCGUUCGGUUAUCAAAAUCACAUGGCGUCACAGUGGCGUCGUCGUGCAGGACGGUGCAGGAUGGAGUAAAGCGAUAUUGGCUAAUUGGCAAUGCUAGCAAUUUAAUAUGAUGCGCUCGAAUCACGAACGUAGAAGAGACGAAAGGACUCGGUCGUAAAAAGACCUGGCAAAAUUUUAGGACGCCACAGAGAGAGAGAGAGAGAGAGAUCGGCGAAUUAAAAUUCAAUUGCCUUGGAUCUCGCUCUUCAAUUUGAAACUAAAAAUUUAUAACCGCAACUUUCGUUUAACGUUCGUGCAUUAUUCCACAUUAUUCAUAUGGCAAGAAAUGACAAAGGCACAAUCGAUAAGAAUGCUGCGAGGAAGAUUACGUCGUCGAGGAAACGGCGCGAUAAUUAUCUGCGAAAAACGUAUGAUCCAAUAAAGUAUAAGGUGAAAACUAGACCAAAGACCAAACCACUGCACUAUAUACAUAUAAUAUAGACCACUUUUGAUAGAGCAAUUAGUAAUUUUUUAUUUAUAUUUUAUCAUGAUUUACAAUGAUAUUUCAUUUAUUCAACUUAUAUUCUCAAAAAUAUGAAUUGAGACUCGAACGUUACAUGUUUUUAAAAUUAACUCUGAAACAACAAUUAGCUAGAAUGUUAUUUUUAACACUCCAAUUAAAAGUUUACUUUUAAUUUUACUAACUACAUAUUGUAACAAAAUCACUCCAGGUAGCUUUUUUCCAGGUGAGAAAAUGUAUUUUUUUGAAACAAAAUUUUUGAACAAUGUAAGAUUUUUAAUAAUAAAAUUGUUGAUGCGUGAAAACUAGAUUUUUCAAAAUGAACAUUAUUAUUAUCACAAAAUAUGUACCUUUCGCACAUCUUCAGAUAAUAGAAUAUUCUACCAAUUAAAAAAUUAUCAUAAAUUAAGUAUAUGUUUUUUAAACGUGGCUAAUUUAAUACGAUUUUCACGAUUCAACAUAGGUUAUUCAAUAUAGUAAUAACGCAGAGCAACGCGAUGGCAUAAGAUUAUGGAUUAUGUAAUUGACAUGUUAAGACACAAAUUCCCGAAAUAAAUACAGUCGCGAGGCUAUAAUGUUGGCCGGUCACGACGCGCGUCAUUCCACAAAGUCGAUACCUGAUUUAUUUACUCGCGUUAAUCUCCGACGUUCAACUCCAGACAUUAGUGUUUUACCGAAUCUUUAUCAUUAAUGUGUGUAUGUACGUGUGUGUGUGUGUGUGUGUGUGUGUGUGUGAUAUAAAUAUUUCAAACAAAUUAGCACGUAAAAUAUAACGAGCUUGUACUAUUAUAUUUUGUACUGUGUGUGAUAUGGUGAUGCAUAAGGUAUCGUCGGAGAUAUAUACAGAAAAUGAUUAUAUCUCGGAGAAGCUUGCCAGUGGCAAUACGGCAACUAAAUUCGCUUUUAAAUGUCCGUCUUACAUGAUUGAGGCAGAUUCCACAGUCGGGACACUAAAUUAUGACAGCGAUGAUGACUUGGAUAUAGAUCGAGAUAGAGAAGGAAUAAUUGUAAUAGAGCACAGCGUAUCUACGGAGCUCAAUUUGGUUGGUUUGCAAGUGUGGAGAGCCGCCUUCUUAUUAGCCGAUUAUAUCUUGUCGCAUCCGGAUCUGUUUAGAAAUCAAAUAAUUCUAGAACUAGGAUCUGGUGUCGGUCUGACCAGCAUCGUAGCGAGUUACUUGGCGAAGGAGGUCAUUUGUACUGACAUCAAUGUGGGCGAUAUAUUGAAUCUAAUCAAACGGAAUUUUCUGAGGAAUCAAACGUAUGUUAAAUCGAGUUAUCAUAUCGAGGAAGUGAACUUUCUAAGCUUGGAAUGGUCGAAAAAGUUGGAGGAGAAAUUGCAAAGCGCAAAUAUCGUAUUGGCUGCGGAUGUGAUAUACGAUGAUAAAAUCACGGAUGGGUUUGUUCGCACAUUGACGAAACUUCUACAUACAACGAACAAGAAAACAAUUUACAUCGCUCUCGAGAAGAGAUACGUCUUUACUGUUGCCGACUUGGACACUGCUGCUCCGAUGUAUGAAGAAUUUUUACGUUGCAUCGAAAAGUACAAAAUGAAUUGGUCUAUAGAUUACAUAAAUAUAGAUUUCCCGCGCUAUUUUAAAUACGAUAGAGUGCAACAUUUGGUUUUAAUGAAAAUACAAAGCAAUAUGAGACCCGUUGUAUAUACAUAGCGAAUAAUGUUUUAAUUAGGUAUGCGAAUAAUAUAAUACGUAUUAUCGUAAUUGUAAAAUAUUUAUAUUAAAAAAUAUUACGAAAAGAGAUUAAAGUUGCCAUAUUAAGAAAUCAAGAUCUCUGUAGACAUAUACUUGAUAAAAUAUCGUGAUUAAUGUAAGUUGAACAAAAUAAUAAUUAUUUAAAACAAGAA